CGUACCGGCGUUCGACGCCGAGUGGCAUAGAUCCCGGGACCGGCCUGACCUGCCCCGGCACCAGACUCGACGGAGGAGGCACGGGCCGACUCGGAGAUGAGCCUACAGUGCUGAGCAGGCUGUGGUGUGGCGUGAGACGGUCCCGCUGCUCACGGAACUCAGCGGCGACUCACGGGAACUCACCGGGUCACGGAAACUGACCGAGGGUCACGGAAACUGGCCGAGGGUCACGGGAGGUCUCGGAAGCGCAGUGAACAGAGAGCGGUGAGGGAUCAGCCUCCAUUGUGCACCCAGACGUCAAGUCAAAACAGUGGCCGUGAACGGUGGUACCUCCCGACUAGCAGUGCUCACGACCAGCAGUGGCGGUUCACGGUUUGAGUGACACCUCACGGACUACCAUCAGCGAGUCAGAGGGGCUGAGCUGCGACUCACAGAGCCGGCUGCGGCUCUUUGAGCUCGCAAAACCAUGGUUGCCGGCUGGCUGGUGGUGCCCUCCGGCCUGCUGAUGCUGGCCCUCUCAGCCUGGUACGGCGUCAACCAGUACAGCGCCUCCAACGCACCGUCACUGGCAUCGGUCAGCGCUCGCCGCUCCGGACCAGGGCCCGGCCGCUGCGAGUGCGCGCUACCCGCCUCACUUCGCGUGGUGCGCAUGCUGCACCACGUGUUCCCGCCGCCGAUCCAGCACAGGAUGGGCGGCGCCGAGGAGGUGCCCGAUUUGUCCCAGCUGAGCACCGCCGAACUGCAGGCGCUGCUCGGACUGCCCGAUGAUCUGAUCCCAACCGAGCAGGAGAUUGCCGAGCUGCAGGCGCUCCUCCAGGAGAACGGUGUGCCUCUCAGUGUGCUGAUGCAGGCCGGACAGCAGAAUAAGGCUCAUGAGGAUGAGCUGGCUACCCUGGAGACCGCUUCCGCGCCUGGAGACCUGCACGACGCCAUGCUGGACGCUCACCCGGUGAUGGAGGACGUGCACGCGCCGCCGCCACCCGAUCCGCACGUGCUAGACGCCCCGCCGGAUCCACACGUGCCCGACCCGCACGCCUUCGACGCGCCCGUGGCGGAUCCUCACGCCGCGCCGCCGCCGCCGCCAGAUCCGCACGAGAUUCCGGGCGCGGCCGCGCCGGCGCCGCCGCCGCCGCCGCCGCCGCCCAACCCGCUGCCGUCGAUGACGACUGGCUCGUUCGGCGUGCCGUUCAGCCAGGCGGCCAUGGACGCGGCGCACGACGUGUUCGACGGGGCCAACGUGCCGAUCGCGGCUGUGUCCAACCCGUUCCCGCAGCAGCCGUUCCCGGCCGACUACGCCGACUACGGCCAGCAGUUCCUGGGCCCAGCGGCGUUCCCGCUGUCGCCCACCUCCUACUACCAUCCGGUGCGGACGUUCAAAUUCAGGCUGUUCGUGCCGACAUUCCGCGAGUUUUUCGGCUUCCAGUUCGCCUCGCAGACCAUUGUGGAGAUCUACGUGGCCAAGAAGCCGGGCGCCAACCAGUUCACCGGUAUCCCGGAUGCCUUCUUCGAGAAGAAAUACUGGAACGUUCUGUUCGAGGUGGACGGCAAUAAGGUCAUCAGCACGAUGCCGACGGUGCUGGCCGACACGCCUGCCGGCAGGACAGCGCCAGGAAAGGAUGACAUAGUGGCCGAGACCGAGUAUAACCCGGUGAUCGGCCGGUAUGAACCCAAGACGGGCGGGGCCAGCCAGCAGCCGGCGCCGACGCCCAGUGAGGACUACGGCUACGACUCUGGUACUGUUGACUUUGAAGAUUACGACUACGAACAGGAGUCUAGUGAUUAUGGAUACGAUUCAAACAGUUAUAGUGAGAAAUCCAAUGGAUAUGAAUAUGAUGAGAAUGGGUAUGAAUACGACUCGGGAGGCUACGAGCAGAGUUCGAGCGGCUAUGACUACGAGUCCGGCGGCAAUGAUUACAGCUCCGAUGGAUACGGAAAUGGGUGGCCAGCCAAUCCAGAUGACCAGUUCUCACGGCGCUCGGGCGCAACCAGUGCAUCGUGGCGAAAACCGAACAAAACUCCCGGCGGCGCGUACCGUCGGGGUCAGAGCCGCACUCGGCAGCGGUCACCGGCCCGCGGCGUGAACCGCAUGGGAACAGCCGCAGCUGGCAGCCGAGCCGCGCCGGCACGAGCGAAAAAGAGAACUUCGCACAACUCCAACCGGAGGCCGGCGCAAAGUUCUCGGCGGCCAGUUCCUUACGGACCUAACGCGGGAGUUCCGUCCAGAAACCGGCAAUCUCCGGCGAGCUCACGGCGCCGGACGAAGCCCGUCGCCGCCCACAAGUCGAGCAGGAGAGGUUCGUCGCAGCGGCGCGGCUCGGCCCCCGCGCGGACAGCGCAGCAGGGGCAUCAGGGCCGGCGCCCGGCCCGUCAUGGGAAGCCGGCUCCUGCGCCGACCCCGCCGGGCUGGCGGCCGCCCCAGUCCACCAACUACCGCUCGCGGUGGCCCGAGCAGCUGGUGGCCGACUACGAGGACAACGAGCUACGCCGAGAGGCGCACAGGAACCAGCUCAAAUACAAGGCCAAGCACGGCUACAUGCGGCGCAUGUCGCCCGAGCGCUACACGGCCUGGCAAAGCUCGCGACACCGGCGGUCGUGACGCGUUCGGCGCGCCCGACGACCCAUUUUGCGACGCGCGUCGCGGAUUUGGCUGUGCGAGACCGGUCUGGCGGGCAGUGGUGCGCCGGGACGGUGACCUGGACGCGUUCUGGGCGCUGACGCGCCAGGGGAGCGGCGCCUGCCGGGUCCGACUGCCGAGGGUCGGAGAGGGGAGCCGAUCAGAACGGUGAUAGCCGAGUGAAGUUGUGAUUCGCGGCAGGUGUGGACAGACGUGGGACUCACACGACGUGUCGGGAGUUCAGUGUGAGACUGUGCAGUGUGCGCGGUGCGCCGAUAUACCUAUGAGCAUUACGUGAUGUGUUCAUCUGACUGACGGCUGGGAGCCGGCGGGCGGCUGGGUCCGCUGCCGCUGCCGCUGCCGCUGCCGCUGCCGCUGCCGCUGCCGCUGGGAGGUCGCCACUGGCAGACGGUCCGACCCACAGCGCCGUGGCCGGCGGUCGCCGGCGGUCGCAGCGCGCGCGGCACCCGUGCCUCGCCGGCGCCGGUCCGGUCCGGUCCGGUUGGUCCGGUUGGUCCGGUCGGACGGUUCCGGUUGGUGUCGUCUGCCGCAGACCUGCCAGACCUGCCGGCACAUCCUCCCGGCUCGGUCAACUGGGUCAGCGCGCGCCAGCGGCCGGCUUUCUCUCGAGCGACGCGCGCUGCCGACUCCGAGGUACGCCGCGGAAGCGUCACAAACCGGCCCCUCCAGGAAAAUCCGACACAGGGUACACGAGCAGGCGGCUGGCAUUGUGCCGGCUCGUAGAGAAGCGAUCGAAUGGGCACUGAUCGGGCAUUUCUUGUCACUCCGGUAUUUUGUUUUUAUCCGCAGGGAACAUGCUAUACUGGUGCACAAGAUUGGAAUUAAUGUCGCCGAGUUUAAUGGCGGUCGAAUUUCUAACGGCGAUUGGUCUAGAUUACCACGAUUUUCAUGCUGUGCAAUGUUACAUUUGAAGCUCCUCUGACAUGGCAUUCGUAUUUUAUUUAUUUAUUUUCAGAAAGGUAGCUUCUAGCUAAGGAAUAGUCAUUGUUAUCUGUCUAUGCCUUGGUGAUAUGUACUUGUAUAUUGACGGUGUUGAAUGCCCGUUGAUUAAAUAUUAUUUUGCUCAAUCGCCAUUUUAUGUUGGAGUGAUGUUUGUUUCUAAUAUGUUCGACUCGGCAUUAUGACCAGUGUAUGGUAUGCUCCUGUCCUACCCUGUGAGGAACGGCUGGUAAUAUAUGGGUGCGUGAACA